UUCGUGCGCACAUCACGCAUAAUAAUAAUAAUAAUAUCACACCGCAACGCGGUUUACCGGUCCGGCGUGUGUCCGCUGUUAUUUACCAAGUGUCGUCGUCGUCGUCGCGUCGCGUACUUGUGCUUCGUUUACUUUGUCGCGAUAAAAUAAUUCGAUUUUUUUUUUAUCGUUUAUAAAAUAUAUUUUUCGUCGAUUGCCGCGACCGUCCACAUUACACGCGCAUACCUAAUACCUGUACACCAUAAUAUUUGGCCAGGUAAACUCGAUUGUUUUUGUCAGUAAAGGCGUCGGUCAUGGACGGUACGCCGCAAAUGACCAAUUUCGACUUCAUCAUGGACCACCAUCACCAUCACCGGGCGCUGGAGUCGUCGGUGUCGCCGCCGGCCAACCUGCACAAUCACCACGGCCUUCACCACGCUCAGGCCCAACAACACCUGCACCAACAGCAGCAGCAGCAACAACAGCAGCAGCACAACCAGCCGCAGCCGCCCAACAAGGCCGAUCACAUCAAACGGCCCAUGAACGCGUUCAUGGUCUGGGCGAAAAUCCAACGGCGGCUGAUCGCCCACGACAACCCGAAAAUGCACAACUCGGAAAUCAGCAAGCGGCUGGGCGCCGAGUGGAAACUGUUGAACGAAACGGAAAAAAGGCCGUACAUCGACGAGGCCAAACGGCUGCGGGCGUUGCACAUGAAGGAACACCCGGACUACAAGUACAGGCCGCGCAGGAAGCCGAAAAUCCAAAUGCAAAACAACAACAACAACAACAACAAUAGCGGCGGCGUGGGCGCGGGUGUCGGCAACGGCGGCGGCGGUGGCCAGAUGCACCACAAGGCGGCCAACUUCCACAACUUCCCGGUGGUGUCCACCGGCGCGUCAAACUUCGCCAAUUUCCCCAUGCCGUACUUCUCGUCGGCCCACCAUCCGGCCCUCCACUCGUUCGACGGGCUCGGCGCGGCCGGUUACUCGCCCGCGGGCCUGGUCAAUCCGUACUUGGGCGCGGCCAUGCCGUCGUUCGAUCCCAUCCACUUGUCCAAGCUGGUCGCGCAACAGCAACACCACCAGCAGCAGCAGCAGCAACAGCAACAGCAGCAGCAGCAUCAACAACAACAGCAACAGCAGCAACAACACCAACACCAACACCAACAACACCAGUUGCAGCUCCAACAGGCCGGCGGCCUGGCGCCCGGCUCGCCCGCGUCACCGUCGUCCGACGUCAACAUGAACGUGCCGCCCGCGCAACCGCUGGCCGGCCACGCGGGCCCCAAGAACGGCGCGGCCGUGGUCAGCUCGUUCUACAACCCGUUCUAUCCGACGGCCGCGGCCAAGCCGGGCGGCCCGUACGCUCACCCCAUGAGCAUAUUCCCGUCGCCGUUCUCGUUCUACAACAGCGCGGCCGCCGCCGCCGCCGACGAUCACCACCAUCACCAGGCGGCCGCCGCGUUCGCGCACCAACAACACCAGCAACAACAACAACAGCUGCAGGACAACCGGCCCGGGUCGACGUCGUCCGACAUGGACAACGAUCCGAUCACCAGACAAGUUCCUAGCGUCAUCCACUAAUAGAUACACAACAUAAUCACCGAUAGAUCACAGUAAUCGAAAAAAAAAACAACCACCAGUUGAUAUUGUAAAAAAAAAAAUCCAAAAACCAAAAAAAAAAAUCCAAAAAACCAAAACCCGACAGUGAACGCGUUUAAAGAAAGGUACGACCAUUAUUUUUUUCCAUUUCAAAAUGUAUUAUUAGGUAAGCCGUAAGCUAUUUUUAUUUUUUUUUUAUAUAUAUAAUAUUAAUAUACAUUAUGUGUACCCAACAACUACAUCUAUUGUUAUUACAAUAGUAAAUAAUUAUUAUUAUUUUCGUUUUGGUUUUAUUUUGUUUUUGACCAUCAAGUCGGACAUACCGGCCAAAAAUAACUCCUGUUUUUGCCAAAAAAAUAAAUAUUUUAUAGGUUAACGUUUGUUGUCGCCUAAUGUAGUAUAUUAAUAUUAAGCGCACAAUCUUUUCUUAAAAAAAAAUUUACAAAACUCGAAUGCGUGGAAAACUAAUUAUGGGCCCCAUUCAGUUUUAUAUUUCGACUCGAUAAUAACAAUUAUUAUUACGAUUAUAAUCAAAAACGUUUUUAAAAAAAAACCAUAACAUAUGUAUUAUAUAUUAUACUUGCACAUUUUUUAACAAUAUGGUGAGGUGUGUUAAGUACCUACCAACACCCUGCGAUGACUAUAAUAUUAUAAUAAUUCCAAUUAAAUAAUAUAAGAUAACCCGUUUUCGACUUACUAUAUUAUUAUAUAUGUAUAUGUAUUAUAUAUAUUAUUUUGUUGUAAUAAUAGAUAGAAAUAGUAAUACCGACCAUCCUGUUUCUCUCUCGUCUGUCCCGUCCCGAGUGCUGAGUUCAUAUAUUAUACUAAUAUAAAGAUGAUAAUGAUAAUAAAUAAUAUUAUUGUUAUUAUUAUUAUGUGCGUUUUGUGUGUGUGUCUAUGAGUGUGUUUGUACAUAAUACUUGAAAAUUUUAAACGAAAAUAAUAUUAUGUAGAUAUACAUAAGUAUUUUUAUCUCAUUAUAAAUAUUAUUAUACCUAUUCGAUUACCCCGUUGGGUAUUUAUUAUUUUUUUUUUUCAAAUUGUCUUCGACAGUUACCUUUCUUAGCAAUUUUAGGUGUUAAAGUGUGUUUCGCUAUAGAAAAAAUAGUAGUUUUUUUUUUUUGGAUACUGUUUGUUGUUUGUUUCAAUUAUUAGAUAUUAUAAAUCAAUAAUUUUGUUCAAUAUCUAUUUCUACCUACCUACCUGCCUUUAUUUUUUAUUGUUAAAAAAAUGAAUAACUAAUAGUUUACAGUAAACCGUGUCUCCGACCAGCUCGAGUAGAUUAUUGAUGUUUUUUUUUCUUUGAAUUGAUGACUAUGAUAUUGUUGUUUCGUUGUGUGGCGACCCAAGCCGUAGAGGUAAUAAAUAUUUGUCAUUUGUAAAUAUAUAUACAUAUAUAUUAUUAUAAUUAAUUAUUAAGUUAUUAUUAUUAUUAUUAUACUAUAAUAAUUAUUACCCUACGCGCGCCGGCCGUUGAUCCGUUUUUAUUUAUUUAAGUAUACCUAUAUAUUAUAAUAUUAUCUCUUUUUUUCCCUUUUUUUGUUUUUUAAGUAGUGUUUUAAGUGCCAAAACAUAUGUGUUAAAUAUUAUAUUAAGAAAAAAAAAAUCAAAUAUUGU